AUGGGCGAUACAGAACGUGGAUACAAUGACUGUCCAUUCCCAGAUGUUGCAGAAUUAUUGCGGCCAUUCAUCAAGCCCAGGCAAGAGAUCUCCAAGACAAGGCAGGAGCUCCAGACACAUCUCCCACUUUCCGCGUUGAAUGUGGCACUACCUUCGGAGAGAGUCAACGCCUCCGCGCUUGGAGGCGUACGCAAGGCUUACUGGAGAGCUUUACAAGCUCACAAUGCCGCUCAGGCGAAAUACGAUGCGCUGAAGGCUGAUAUUGCCCAACUCAACAAUGAGCCUUCAACAUUUCCCGACGCUCAAGACAGCUCAGCCUUUCUGACGGAGUGCUAUGUGCCGCUGAUACGUCAGCGAGAGAGGCAACGAAAACUCAUCGCACUGGAGAAUGCCUUCGCUCGCACGAAGUCAUGUGGCGGUGAUGCGAUUGGAGAGUCCUUCGACAAAGUCGCGAAACGGGAAAUCGGCGAAUUGCCUGGACCACCUUCUACUUCCGCUUUCCCAGAGCAUGAAUCUGAGUCAGGAUCCGACUAUGAUCUUCACAAGCUGAAGAAGGCUAUCCUCACGACCAAACAGCAACUCCAGCAGCACGAAGGUAAAGCGACUAGCGUUUUAGGAGUCAGUCCUGAUGAGAUCGAUCCGCGUGCAGACCUUCGAGGCUUACAGAAGGCGCAUCUUGAACUCACAACUUGGAUGGAAACCCAACUUGCUAUUAUAAGCGAUGUGGAGAUACCUAAAGAAGGCGACACAGUUGGAUCCGCGAGUCCUAGGUCUAUUGAUGGCGGACAAUUCUCCGCUCGAGAUAUCGAAGCCUUAUACGAUCAAUAUUUGGACGCUAGGGAAAGGCUGCUCCAYCUUGUCUCAAAUCCACCCGCGCAGACUCAGACAGAAAAUGAUGAGCCCUUGGGAGGCGCACAACGCAUCACAGAAGCGCUUGAUCUCGAGCAGCAGGCAACAGCAUCCGAAGCAUUACUCCCUCACCUAUCCGGACUACUGUCGUUGAAGCAACAAGAGCAGGCCUUGCUGCAGCAGAGCGCUUACACAAGACGCCAAAUCGCAUCUGCAGAGUCGCACUCUCGUGCCAUCUUGACUCGUCUCGCGGAUGAGAGCCAUCUGUUACAGCCCGAUAUCAACCGCGCAUCGCCGAGGGGCACGGAUUGGGCGAAAGCUGCGACAGAAUCCAGUGCUGCAACUUCAAAAUCCUCGAUGCAGCGAUUGCAGUCUGGCCAGAACUCCACUGAUGCAGCUGAGACGGUGCUGCGGGCGAUUAAGAACAUGCCCGAAUCUGUUCAUGCUUUACUGUGA